AUGAUCCUUCUUCUUCUAAGUUUGGCGGCAACUGUCUUUGCUUCUCCGCUUCCUCCUGCUGAAGCCGGUGACACAUGGUUGCAAGUUUGCUGCCAGGACAAUGACCUCAACAGCAAUGGCGGGAUUAACUUCCGCGAAUUCACGGUGUUUGCGCUGAAUUUGAUGAAUCUGGAUAGAGCAGAAAUGGAACGUCUCUUCUUGACCGGUGAUGUCGAUCGCAACAGUGAGCUAGAUGGAGAUGAAUGCAUUCCGAUGAGAGGUCUUCUUAAAUCGACACUUCAAAAGAAGGGUGAUUUACUGCGACAGAAAUACGAUGUGAACAAAGAUGGAAAACUAACAGAGGAUGAAGCUCUUCAGCUGGCAAAGAACGAGUUUGGAGUCCUUAAGGACGAAGGCUCUAAGGAGUUCACCUUAUCUGACCAGAAUGGAGAUCGCUUGAUAAGCGGAGAUGAGAUGUCCGAACUGAUGCUUAACCUGAGAACUCGACAAGUCACCAAUGGAGGAACGAGAUUAUCAGCUUUCGACACAAAUCAUGAUGGGAAAGUGAGUUACGAAGAGAUCAAACACGAAAUUCUACGCAGCACUGACGGAUUCACCUUGAAACAAAUCUUCAAGGGUGUUGACUUCGAUAAGGAUUACCAUCUCACCGUACAUGAGUAUCUGACGCUUCUGAAUGAGUUGGAACUUAAGAAAAAGGGAAAUAAUUUGGAGUCUUUGCCAAUAACAUUGCACAUGGGCUCCCCUCCAAUUUCGAGAAGUCGACAAAACUCAGAGGAAAGUAUAAUGGAUUCCACAAAAGAGGGCACCUCAAAGGCUACGGAAUCCACAUCUUCGGAAAAUUUAUCGUCGUCCACGGUUUCGACUUCAGUUGUUGUCCAAAUAAGGAGCAAAAGAAACACUGCUCAAGAAAUGGUUCGUGUAGCUCCAUCUCGAUCAAUGCAUGAAUUCCAGUUUGACGAAGAAUCUCAAGUAGUAGAGAAGGCUGAGGGAACAACUGGUCUAAGGCAAAGAGUUAGGGGCUCUGCUACGGUGAAGUUCGCUCAAAAUGGCUCGAGGAGAACUAAAAGAGGUGGAAAUACAAAAGAAGAUACAGCUCUUCCACUAAUUUCUCCUACAAAACAGUUGAAAAAAGAGGAAAUGGCGAAGUUGUCCGAAAAGACGAAGAAUAAUCUGAGUGGAGGCGGAAGGGCUCCUACUAUCGACGAAUCUGUUACCGUACCUUACGAUGAUAAGGACUUCCAGUGA